GUAAUUGUCGCUCACGUAAAGUUCACGCAUGCGGAAAGGAAUUAAGAGAUAAAAUUACGGGAUCUCAGGUUGGCCGAUGGAAAACUUCUUUUUUUUUUUCUCUCCUCCUCAUUUUAUUCCACAUCGUUUCAUUUUCCAACAUUUUAUAUCAACGCGUUCCAACGUCGUAUACGUAUACGCGACCGAAUCUUUCCGUUCGUAGAGUCGAUUGAAAUUCGAAGGAACGGGUGAUCUGCGGCGAGCGCUUUCAUUCGAAUUACAUUUUACGUUAGUCGCGUAUGCGAGAUCCUCGGAGAUUCAUUUGACUUUUUAUCGCAGUCCGAGGUAACGAAAGAUUAGGUCGCGUACAAACAUGGAGGUCGUAUUAUCCGCGUAUAGGGUAAUGCACGGAUAUAGGGUAUCUAUAUGAAACCGUGUUCCAAUUCCAGAAGCUCCCGUUAACCAGCUCAGGACUUUUAAUCGCGAUGAUCCGCGGUCUCAUCGGAAUCACUCUCUCUGUACAUAUGUAUACCUUCGGGGUACAUAACGUCUACCUUACGUAAAACUUUACGGGUAUUCCGACGCUUUUAAAACGGGUUAACGAAUAUCCGAUCGUAUUGUCAGCAAGGUCGCAACCGAAUGUUCAGUUUUAUCUGUUAUUUAUUUUUUUAACAUUUUUAUUUUUUCAGUUCGCUCGUUAAGUAGCGUUUUUUUCGUCGCGUCUGUUUUACACGAUCCACGUACAACGUCGUCGGCGUAGACAAUUGAGAAAUUAACAGCAGUUGUUGUAUCUUAUACGGCGUUCCGGUCAACCACGUGGCUUCUUCCAACGACACCAGCUGUGUCAAGUCUUAUCUAUGCUGCAGGUGCAGUCGCCGAUUGUUUAGCAUCGAGUAACGAAGAAGAGCUCGCUCAGGGCACCCCCGUAAACGAACGUGCGAAAAUAUUCGUUCCUAUCGGACGAUUUGCCGGUCAAUUUUAUCGCCGUUAGUCUCGCUCGGUAUCCGCGAGAUGAUCCGAUCGUCUCCAAAACCGUUUCGCGGUACCACAUUCGUACGCGGAUACCUCGGCCCAUAAUUAAUUCGCGCAAAUUAAUUCUAACGAACCUCCGCCAAUUAUCAUCGAGGAGGUCCGACAGAACGAACGACAAAAGUGAUAUAUCGUUAGCGCGAUCGUGUUGAAUGAAAUUCGUUUCGACUAAAAACGAGAAUCGCGUGUCAGCUCGCGAUCGCGUUAUAUGCAGCGUGAAUAGAGCCGCGAUAUAGGAAAAAUUAGAGGGAGGUAACCGCGAAGGACACGUCGAAUUUUCACCCUCUUGUCGUUCGCGGUCGCCCCCACCGUCGUGAUACAGUGAAGUUUUUCAACCGAUCGUCAAGGUUUUAUGGAUUUCAAAUUGAACGUGGAACGAGAUCUGCGCGGAUCCUUGUUGUUGUUUUUUUUUUUCUUUCUUUUCUUUCUUUUCCCAUCUCUUUCGUACCGCGCGACACUCGAAUUUUCCGGAGACUGCCUCACACGUUCUGUUGGAUUAUUACGAGAGCGGUAAUAAUUUCACGUUUUAUCGACCUUGUUACAUUAACCGGAUGUCGGAGUGUUGUACCAACGAGGGAAUAUAAACUCAGCGUGAACCACCCCGAGGAAUGGCUAUCGUUCGGAUGCUGCAGUUGUCCUUGAAACGAUGUUUCCUUUACUUGCUAUGCCUCACCGUGGCCAUAUUCUUCGUACUCAACGCCCGCCAAAGGGACCAUUGGCAUUCACCGAGAACAAAUGCUCUCCACGCCGAAACAUCCUCGAGGACUUUACCCGACGGUCCGAAGAUUAAACUGCAGUUAUGGUCUACGAAGAAGAGACCAGUUCGUCCUAAGAGCAAUGGAAAAGAAACGAUUGCAGCCGAGGCGUCCAAUACCUCCGGGGUUGGUAACGCGAUGGACGUUCCCGAGUCCGUUUGGGAUCCGGCGAACAGACCGUGGUACAUGAAGGACGGUCACCGGAAACCGCAUCCAGCGGUGCGAACGCGGCGAACCGGAAAACGCCUCGCUCGUCUUUGGCCCGAUGAGGAUCCCACGGAAGACCGGGUCACCAAUCAGCUGAUGUACGUACCACCCGGUUACAACAGGACGAGCGCUGAGCAGAAUUUGAAAAAAAUAAUGGUCUCCAACGGGAUGGGCGACGCCAAGGUCGGACGCGAGGUUUUUCUGAGUCUCGGCUGUCCCGUGGACACGUGCACAAUAACGAGGAGUAAACCCGAAGAAGCUGACCUCAUAUUGUUCAAAGAUCACGUGACACAUCCGGGAAGCAGACCCCACGACCAGAUAUGGAUGCUCUACUUUUUGGAGUGUCCUUACCACACGCAGACGAUAAAAUAUCCUCAGGUGAAUUGGACCGCGACUUACAGACGGGACAGCGAUAUCGUUGCCCCGUACGAGAGAUGGCAUUAUUACGAUCCGAAAGUUACGCAGAUUCCACAAAAAAUUAAUUACGCCGCCAACAAGACGAGAAAGGUCGCUUGGUUCGUGUCGAACUGCUACGCGAGAAAUCAGAGGCUGCAGUACGCGAGGGAGCUCGGAAAGUACAUAUCGGUCGACAUCUACGGAGCUUGCGGGACCUUCAGAUGCCCGAGGUCGAAGUCGCUAGCUUGCUUCGACAUGCUGGACACCGACUACAAGUUUUAUCUGGCCUUCGAAAAUUCGAACUGCAAGGAUUACAUAACGGAAAAGUUCUUCGUCAACGGUCUGGGGCGGAACGUCCUGCCGAUCGUGAUGGGUGCGAGACCGGAGGAUUACGAACGCAGUUCUCCUUACCGGUCGUAUCUCCACGUCGACGAGUUCGAAUCGCCCAAGGAAUUGGCCGACUACUUGCACCUACUCGACAAAGACGACGACCUUUACAAUACCUAUUUCCGCUGGAAGGGCACCGGCGAAUUUAUAAACACUUAUUUCUUCUGCCGUGUUUGCGCUAUGCUGCACGACGAUUAUCCGAGGAAAUUUUACAACGACGUGAACGUUUGGUGGCGAGGCGAAGGUACCUGCACCCAGUCUUCGUGGCGGAAGCACAACACCCCGUCUAACAACGCGAUCGAAGAGGAUUGACGCUCUCCGAAUAGCUGGAAGCUAACUGACAUUAGCCGAAUGCGACCGCCGCUGGUAAGGCGCGUUUGAAGGUCGAGGGAAGACGAAGAAUUUCGGGUUGAAAAUUCCGGAUCGGAUACCGUUGGUCCGCUCGAAAUCACCUCGUAACACAAAAUGGCCCGCUCAAUCGGCGCGUGAAAAGAGAGUCCCGGGGUCUCACAAGUUUAACACCUGUCGAUACGUACACAACGAUCUCGCGAUCAUCGGCAAACUCGUGGUCAGCCGAUCGUUCAUCGAUCCCUCAACACGCGUCGAAUCUUCCAGACCUAAUCAAAUAAUAAUUGAAUAAUCGAUUGAUCGUUGCGCGCGGUGUCUCCGAUCGUUUGUCCCCCCAUUUUUUUUUUACACCCGUUGCUUUGGCGGUCUCGAAGCCACCCCCUCCUAUAAUUUACAGGCGCGAUCGUCAGAAACGAGUGUUGCAAAUAGAAAAACGAAAAUCGUUGAUGAGUUCAGAAGGAAUAUGGAGGAAAUGAACAAAAAAUAAUCUCGGAAACCGGAUCGACCUGGAUCGUAUAUAUAGGUAUGUUUUCGGGGAUAAAUUCACAGAGACACCCCGUACAUUGUUUACCGUUCGUUAAAAUCAAACGACGAAUCAAUCAAUCAAUCAAUAAGAUCGAUCGAUCGAUCAUUCGCCAAUUUACCACUGCGUAUAACAGAUCUGAAAAUAAUGUAAACGGUACGCGAGGUAACUUCCUCAGGGUUAUAAGAUACCUUGUCGAUCAAGGACGUUGUUGUUUUUAUUUAUUUGUUUAUUUAUUUUUUUUUUGUCUUGUCUUAGCGUUCAAAAAUGCAGACGGAUAAAGCAACAAUUACGUUCUAUGCCCGUACCUAUCACAUGACCACCGCAGAUUGUGCGAUUCUCCCAUUAAAUCAGCACCCUAUUGUUUCGCUCCAAUCAAUCCGGCUCCCUAUAAUUUAACUCGACAUUUCUGCGUCGCGGUCGGAGUGCGAAUUGGUUUCAACGUGGCUGCUUUCGAAUUACGUGUCGAGUUAGCAGUUAACGGCUGUUUGUCACAUGCGUCGAUCGCCUCGCAACAACGUUCGAUAGCAAUUAGAACGUCGAACGACUCUAACAAGUUUAUGACCGCGAAUUAAUAGGAGCUACAUUUCCGUGUACGUAUAUGUGUAUAUAUACGUGUGUGUGCGUGCGUGCGUAGUUCGGUUAUCCGGUGUAUUUUUUUGGAUCGAGUAGCAAGAUUGUCAUAAUUUCAAUGAAACUAAAUUAGACCAAAUGUCUAGCUAGUAAAUAUAUAUAUAAAUAACUAAUAAUCUAUCGAUGGCCUAACGUUAAUUAAUUAUACAUAUAUACAUAAAUAUUACUCGAUUAGGAUUAAGUAAGAAGCUUUUGAAUAUCUGUUUCUGCUAAUUUUUUCUCCAUUUACUGCGGUGACGAGAACGAAAUAGAAAAAAUAACAAGAAGUACGUGCGUGACGUUGAAAUACGAUAAUAAUUCGUUUCGGAUAGGACGAAGAGGACGCGUCAAAACCUACGAGAAUAAAAUUGAAUGAAAUCAGUAAAUGAACGAAUGAAUAAUUCGAAGAAAUGUUAACUAGUCUCCACUAGCCUAGGGUAAACUAUAGGAAUUGUAUAGGAGAAUAUUGAACGAAUAGUCAUUUGUAAAUACAUAUAUAUAAAACAUGGUAUUUAGUUACGUGAAUUGUUUCUAAGUGCAAUCGAAUAAUCGCGAAUUAUGGUAUACAAAAAGUAUUGCUGGUUGUAUACUAUAUAAUUGGUGCUGGUUAAGGUGCAUAAUAUAUGAACGGCCGGUAAUCGUUUAUUUUUUUUUUUUUAGAUUUCUGUUUAUCGCGUGUCUCCAUGACAUAACUUUUGUUAAUCAAUGAUGAACGUAUUAGGUACAUGUAUAGAGGGCCACGUGUGGAGUCCCGUAAAUAGGUACAGAUAUAUGCUAUACAAUCUAUUACACGGUAGCAUAUUAUAGAUAUAUACGUUCAAUAUAUCUAUGAUGGUAGUUUUAAUCGUAAAUUGACAAAAAAAAAAAAAAAAAUGGAAGAAAAAAAAUCUGACAUUAUUGUGAAAUUUCAUUUUGCAAAAUAAGGGCGAAACUCGACGUGAUUAUAACGAAACGAAUAUUUUUCUUUCGGGUUUUUUCGUUCGUUAUUUCGAAGAUUCGAUGAUUUCAAAAACGGAUGAUCGGGGGUAACUGACUGAGGGUGUCGAAAAUACGUAACUCUCGAAGCGUAUGCAUGUCAAUUUAUAUUAAAAAAAAAAUAAAAAUAAAAAAUAUAAAAGGAUAAACAAAUAAAUAAAUAAAAUAAAUGGAUGACGAUGAAAAUUAAGUAAUAUAAUGUAAUAACUUUGUGCGGAUGGUUCGUAAGCCGUAUAACUGUUGUACGGUUUUAGCUGUUUUUCAACUGGGAGCAAAACUUAAUUAUACAAAUACAUAUUAUAUCUAUACUUUAAUACGAUAAAUUCACAAUGAGAUAUGAAAUCAGCCGGAUUGUUAAAUUUACGACAUAUUUUUUCCGACACUUAUUUUCACGCCUAUUGUUUAUUCAUUCUGUGAUAUAUGAUGUAUGUUUGAAGUCUCAUAUUCUUAAUAUUAUAUUAUUGAUACCAUUAAACGAUUUACUAUAAAUUAACGAAAUGCGUGAACGGUCGCGCAAAGUAUACCGACGCGGACCGCUAUAAAAAUUCAUGUAAAGACAAAUCAAAUCGACGAAAAGAUUCGCCAUUGGUUAAUUUUAUUCCAAACUCAUGAAACUGGAAAUUUUUCACGAUGCAAGAGUAAUCAUCCAAAGUCCUACGGAGUCACCAUCGAGUCGAUUAUUUCUUUGACUUUACCAUAAAUGUUAUCAAUCUUUCGACGAACGCUUCGAUGGUCGAACUGAUUAAACUUUGAAUUAGAAUAACCAUCCAAAGAGAAUGUACGCGCGCCAUUCUAGUCUAUAUUACCAUGUAUGUGUGUCUAUGAAUAAUUUGUUCAUUUUUUUUCUCUCUGAUAAGAGCGAUGAAUAUUUUAUUUAUUCAGUUCUUCGUUUCUUCAAAGUUUAUUUUCUUUUACUUAAGAAUAAAUAAUUGUUGUUGCAUAAUUUUACGGGCUUACAAUCAGAAGUCAGACGGUACAUAACAUUUAUUUAUCAAAUUAUCACAUCGCUGUGUAGCUACAUACCUAUAGCCGAAUAUCGAGCAGGUAAAUAUAUGAAAAUGCGGUGUAAUUAGAAUAUGUGUAUAAAAUUGUGUUGUCCGCGGAUAAAUUGUCGCGUGUGCGCGAUGUCACGCGUCAUGUAAAUAUAGAUGAAUAAUAAUUUUGCGACGUUGCAACAACCGUUUUUCACCUGAUUUUUUAAAAUCCACUUUUUCGUUGCGAAACGAAUCGAUUCGAUCGUCGGUAGGUUCGGGGUCUCGAAUGAAAAUACAUCUCGCGAUCGCGACGCGAACGGUGUUCUAUAAUUACGGAAGAUAUUCUCCUCGUCAAGAUCCACCUCCUCCCCAAGCCCGCGUCGCAUCGCAUCGAAGACCGGGGAGUAUAAUUCAACUCGAGCAUGUUGUUAGCGAGGGUGAAAGCUCAUUAGUCGAGGUAUUGAAUGUUGGACGCCGCUGCGCGGGAAUCCGAGCCGUGUAGGUUCAGGAUUCUGUUACGUAGGUAUUUUACGAUACUUGCUCUAUUACGCUACAGAUCGGGGAGGGGGGGGGGGGGGGGUCGUAUAAUAACGCGAAAAUAAAACCUUCCACCUACUUUUUUUCCUUCUCGUUCAAAAGUAGCGAGCUUCGCUCACGCAGGUAUUUUACGUCUACGCUAUAUAGUUUCGCUACCGACACAGUUCGUUAGAUCGUAUUAUCAUGGAAAUUAUACUGCAUGGUUGUGAGGAGAACGGCACAAUUAUUUGUUGAUUGUAAAAGUGGCUAUUUGUAAUAUAUUUUUGUUAUAUCAUAGACAAAAUGACGAAUAAUAAAGAGAAAGAAAAAAAAAACAAAACAAACAAACAAACAACUGGAAAUUAAAUAAAACGAAAAACGAGAAAAAA